CACGCACCCUAUAGCGAAAACCUCUCAAAAAAAAAAAAAGUUGCAGAAGCAAAUCUCCUCUUUAAAAUUCCCACUCUGUCGAUCUUCAUGACUUCUGUGGUUUCAAUCUUGCCAAACUUUUCCAAGUCGUCUCUCAAAUGGUAUUCUUCUUUGUCUUCCCUGUGAGAUGGGCACCAGCUUUACAGAAUCCGCUCUAGGAACAGCUCUCUCUGGUUCCACUACAGCCCAUCAGCUCUGUGUGCCGGACACACUGCUGCAGCCACCCCUUCAACACGAGAGGAAGUCACUAAACCAGAGCCCCGGGAACGUUGUGUUUGGGGGUCUCACUACCACACAGUCUAUGUCAUGUGGCCCGUGCUGUGGACCGUGGUGCGCACCUAUGCUCCCUAUGUCACGUUUCCCGUGGCCUUCGUGGUCGGGGCCGUGGGCUACCACCUGGAAUGGUUCAUCAGGGGAAAGGCCCCGCAGCCGGCCGAGGAGGAGAAGAGCAUCUCGGAGCGCCGGGAGGAGCGCAAGCUGGAUGAGCUGCUGGGCAAGGACCAUACCCAGGUGGUGAGCCUCAAGGACAAGCUGGAAUUUGCCCCCAAAGCUGUCCUCAACAGAAACCGCCCGGAGAAGAAUUAACGGAGGACAUGGGGCCCUGUGGCCCAGCCGUGAGCAUGACAGGCCUGCCGCCAUGUCGAUUCAGCCCAGAACCCACAUCGGCUCUGCUCUGGCCCCCCGCACCACGUCGCACACAUACUGGCUGCUCCCGCACGGCCAGGCCUCCCUGGGCCAGUGAUGAGGAGGGCACUGCGGUUCUGGUCCGAAGGCUGCCUGUGUCGUGUGGUGGCCACGUGGCUCAGGCUUCCAAGUGCUGUGCAUGCGUUCACCGCCGGGAGGAGUGGCACGGAGCGAACCUUGGCUGUCAGUGUCUGUGGGGAGGCAGUCUGGCCUCAGGUGGGAGUGGCUGGGACUCGGCGCUGCCUUUAAGAGGGAUCCUGGCCUGCCCAGUUCAGUGUGGUCUGGGAAGAACUCCGCAGUCCACGUGGCACCCUCACUAGAUCGGCCUGUCCUUCGUGAUCAUUCCUGAAAUCCUGUCCUGUCGGCUUAGGAAUGGGGUUCCUCAGGGAGGAAGGUGUUCUGUUCUUGGAAGUGCAGGCUGUUCACUUGGGGCAGGGAGGAAUGCGUGCCUGGUGAUUUUGCUUGAAAAUACUCACCAUCUUUCACCCCAUCACUGUAUAGUGCAAACCUUCAUUAAAGUGGCAUCUGAGAACAGUA